ACGUAACAUAGUGAUUGAUGAUUGUUUGCGUUGCGGCCAUUUUUGUUGAACAUUUUCACUUAUUCAGUGCAGACGAGUGUGAUUUGCAUUUACUUCAUACUAUUUCAUUCCGCAAGUCUUAACUUCGUCUGUUUUAUUUGUGAACCAAUUAUUCUACACCGCAAUCGUUUCGAGAUGGACUUGAGCUUAGACGAACUUAUCAAGAGUAAACGGUCAACAUCCCGUGGUGGUCGUCGUGGUGGCGGAAGACAAGGCGGUUCUAGAGGCGGUGGUGUUAAACGCGGUGGCGGCGGAGGAUCGAAUUUUCGAUCAAAUGGUGCUACCGGCGGUGGUGGUGGUGGUGGCCCUAUGCGUAGAGGCAGGCCGAUGGCGAGGCGUUCAAAUGGAUUUAGUCCGUAUUCCAAGGGUGAUGUAAAUGGAUCGUGGACUCAUGAUAUGUACGAAGGACCUAAAAGACAACAAAUGAGGGGUGGUCUAUCUACUACCAGUAUUCAUAAAAUAGUCAUAUCAAAUUUGGAUUUUGGAGUUACAUCAACAGAUAUACAGGAACUUUUUGAUGAAUUUGGUCCUUUAAAAACUGCUACAGUUCAUUAUGACAGAUCUGGAAGAUCUUUAGGAACAGCUGAUGUUGUUUUUGAUAGUAAGAAUGCUGCAUUAAAAGCAGUCCGUCAGUAUAACAAUGUGCCCCUGGAUGGUCGUCCCAUGAAGAUUGAACUUGCCACAGACUUAUCUACUGUUGCUAAUCUUGCUACACGUCUAAGUAGACCCGCCCAAUUACCAGUUCGGGGUACUCGUGGUGGAGUCAGAGGUAACCGGGGUAACAGCAGAGGUGGUCGUGGUAAUACUCGCGGUAACAGCAGAGGAAGAGGUGGAGGCAGUAGCAGAGGUGGCAGAAAUAGUGAAAAAAAGAUGCCAAAUAAAGAUGAACUAGAUGCACAACUUGAUAGCUUUAUUAAAAGCAAGAAUAAUUAAUUGAUUUAUGUACUCAUUUCUUUAUUUUCUAAUAUCUAUUUUAAGUUUAAUAGUGUUUGACAAUUAAAACAGUGUUAUUAGUUAUUAACUAAAAAAAUAACUCGUAAUAUUUUCUAUAUAUAGGUUAAAGUAAAUUUAACC